UGACCAUCCAAAGCCGACUCACCGGACCGUAGAAGUCCGUACUAAAAAGCGAAGUAAACAAGUCCUCAAGUUUAAGCGACUCGUGUAAGCGUGAACAGAGCAUUAGACGGUUUUGUGUUUUAGGCGAGCAGAAGAGUGGGAAGCCAGAGAAUUCACAAACAGUUUGUGUGAAGUCGCAAACCCUUGGAGCCAAAAUUAUCCAUUUAACUUCUGCUGUUUGCUUUCACUGUUACACCGACAGAGGAGGAGAGGAGAGGAGAGGAGGCGCAAAUGUUAACGAGACGAUUUCCUGUGACGGCGAUUUCUCUCACCGAAGCUCUUUCAUGGCGGUGCAGACCUCCUCCUAACGUUGUCCUCACUCAAACAGCGUCCAACUCUGCCCAAUCGCUUACCCUCCGCCCUAGCAAAAUUAGCUUCCUCGCCUUCUAUUCCACUCCUCAAAGUUGCGCAGAACUUCCCAAUACAAUCCCCCAUGAAUCAUCCAAGCAAGGUCCAUUAAAACCCGGCUUAUAUCUUGUUGGAACACCGAUUGGAAAUCUCGAAGAUAUCACUUUACGGGCACUUCGCGUGUUAAGAGAAGCUCAUGUGAUACUUUCAGAGGACACAAGGCAUUCGGGGAGGUUACUGCAGCAUUACAACAUCAAAACUCCCCUUCUAAGCUAUCACAAAUUCAACGAAUCUCAAAGGGAACAAACAGUGUUAAGGAGGUUGAAACAAGGUGAAAUUAUUGCACUCGUAAGUGAUGCAGGUACACCAGGCAUCAGUGCUCCUGGUACCGAAUUGGCAAAGUUAUGUGCAAACGAAAAUAUUCCUAUUAUUCCUAUCCCUGGGCCUUCUGCUUUUGUGGCUGCUCUCUCUGCUUCUGGUCUGGCCACUGAUGAGUUCACAUUUGUUGGAUUUCUUCCUAAGCAUGCUAGAUCUAGAAGAGAAAGGCUAGUGGUUUCAGCAAAUGAGGCGACAACACAAAUAUUCUAUGUCCCUCCGCACAAGCUUCACCAGUUUCUUGAAGAAACUUCUUCAUUAUUUGGGGAUUCAAGAAAAUGCGUCAUAGCUCGUGAAAUAACAAAAGUUCAUGAAGAGUUUUGGCGGGGUACAUUGGAGGAAGCAAAAGAAGCAUUUGCAAGUCGUCAACCGAAGGGAGAAAUUACUCUAUUAAUUCAAGGGAAGGAAAAUCCCACAGUUGAAACUCCAUCAGAAAGUGAGCUUGAGAAUGAAUUACGCAAUUUGAUCUACAAUGGACAUAGUCUUUCCACAGCUGUCAAAUUAGUGGCUAGUGGAACAUCAGCAAGAAGGAAAACCAUAUACUCAAUUGCAUUGAAGAAAUUCGGAAAGCAACUUGGGUCAGAGGAUGAUCUAGAUUCAUGUGGGCCGCAGUGAGAUUAAUAUUUUGCAUGCUUAAAAAACAAAAAAGGUACGAAGAUAACUCAUGUACAUUAUUUUCUUCAUGCCAGUUGUGAAGAUAACUGGUUUCCUAAGCUAGGGGAUGUUGAGGACAAAGUGGGGGCAUUGUAAGGUUAGAAGAUUCUAUUUGGAUUAAUGUGACGGAUAUUCAACUUGUAGCGUUAUUAUUUUAAUUAGUUUAAAGGAUGUUUUUCAUA